UCCCUGAUAUAGCGCGCUUUCUUCUACGGUGCGGCGGCUAUUUUCGGCAUCGUCGUCUUGUACCCUCUCCAGGGUCCAAGGAUAAUCUUUUUUCGUUUUAGCUGCAUGUUUCUUCUGCUCGUGUCUUUAACGCGAAUGUAUAUGUAUGUGCAAAAGGUGCAAGAAAGUGCAGCUAAAAAUUGACAUUGACUCGUGGAAAAUUCCGAAGCGUGGGCAAAGUUCGCGCGGACAUUAGUCAGGCCUUGUGGUAUGUGCUCUGCGUAUAACCUAUUUAAGAUUUAAGAGAUUUCUCUUCUGAUCGCGUAAGAGAAUUUAUUGUAAGAGAAUAUCGCUCUGUUAAAGACCGCAGACGAGCGAUAAUUGAUGAGAUUAUAGAGGACACAUGCAGGAGGUGUCGCUCCGACAUUAUUUUGGUCGGAAGAUAAUUUUGAGGUUAUCCACAUUGACCGAAAUUUUUGAUAUCGACACUUCCAAGGAAUAUUUUGAACGACAGGAGCAACUGCGGCCUGCGAAACAUGCACACGUGUUCCACGCGUAUGCGAUGGUUCGGCGGUUAUUUUUGGUGACGCCUUGGUGAGUGUGUCAAAGGGCAAGGCUAGGCAGCCUCGAGAGGGCCGAUUCUCCGGGAGCUCUGCCAGUUGGCUCUCGACUAUGCUACUCGACGGAUGAUAUAGGCGAUAGUUGGUGACGCCAACCAGAGAACGACAGACGUUUCCGAAAUUCUCUUCUCGCGACGUCGUGACGCAUCGAUGAUAUCGCGAUACGUCGCGCUGAAAAAGUAAAAAAUAAAUAAACGCAUCGUCAGUGUUUAACUUGAAGACGCGUCUCACUUUUCUCUUCUUCCUUUUUUUUACUUUCUGUAAUUAAUCGAGGACAUUAUGAGUAUACCGGAGGGCGUUGCAAAAUGCGUGGCCAUAUUAAAGGCGGUGGAUACAGACUCGGAGAAAUUUGCCGCGCUGUUUAUGGUCACCAAGCUCGUGGACGCCAAGGAUUGUACCCCCGCUGCAAAAAGGAUGCUCUUCGAAGCCAUCGGAGCAAAGUUCCUUAAAAAGUUGCUAUCUCCCAAAAGCGUACCCAUGGAUUGUCCGCCACAGGUAUACAAAUCUGUGGCAUUGUCCGUCCUUUCCGCGUUCUGCCGAGAACCCGAGCUGGCCUCUCAUCCGGAUAUGGUGGGACAUAUCCCGGCGCUUCUCGAGAUAGUGUCGCAGGCUGACGAGGACGCGCCUGACGACACGCUAAUCAUCGUCAGUGAAGCCUACACUUGCUUGCAAUGUAUCGCACAACAGCCUCCUGGACAGAAAGCGUUGCUCGAGCAGAAAGCUAUCCCAAAGAUGUGCGACAUAUACGCGGAAAAGAGCUUUCAAACAGACGAAGCGUUGAAUAUUCUCGUCACGUUGGUCAACACUUUUGGGCCGGAAGCCUGGGAUUCAACAGAUACCGCACCUUUCCAUACGAUAAUGAACAAAAUAUCCCUGGACUUCGAAACCGAUCAUACAGAGAGGAAAUUCGAGCUGUGCGCUAUUCUGCAGGCUCUAUUGCAAUCUUGCAGGAAGGAUGUGAUUUCUUUCGCAACCGCGAAGGAAGAAUCUUGGCCGCUAAGUAUUCACAAGGGUCUGAGUGAUAUUUUAGGAUCGAAAAUAAGCAAGAAGCAGCGCGAUCCAGCCUUGAAACUUACGUCUGUGAUGAUGGAUUUGUUGGGAGCGGAAUGGGCCAUGGCGGAUAAGGAGAAACCAAAGAUUUAUUUUCUAUUGCUCAUUCAAUUGGCAUCGAUCGAGGUCAGGAUGCAGUUGGAGGACAAACAACUCAAGACUGUGGUCGCUAAUGCUGAUUUGAUCACGGCAUGCUUUGUCAUACUUGAGGUUUCAAUCAGCUACAUCAUUACGGAUCAGCUGGAUUUAGAACAGAAGGAAAAACAGUCAUUGUAUACUGCCCUGAAGGGCGCCUUCGCGGCAGUUAUCGGUUUGUUGAGCUCCGUGUCGAAGAUGAAGGCGUUAACAGAUGUGAAAGAAAAGAUUUUCGUGUGCGCUCUUGUCCGGGUACUUACUGCUUGGCUGGCACAAGAAACGAGCGCGAUGCGUCCUCAAGUUUACGCUGUGUUGCCAUAUAUAUUGACGGUGGCCAACGAUACUUUUUAUGCUCAUCGAAACAGAAAGAUGGCUGAGAAGGCCAAAUCUAAAGCUAAAACGGACGAAGGGACAUCGACUGGCGAACCGAUCGUUCAUGAUCCAAUGAGCGAGGUCGACAUACUGAGAUUGUUGUUACCCGCUUUAUGUUAUUUGGCCGUGGAAGAAACCGCCAGGAAAAUUCUCCUUCAACAUAAGCAGGACGAGGUUCUGUUCGAGUGCCUAUCUUAUCAUUGGACCAUCGUGCACUAUAAGAAGCCACCAGUGCCGAGGUCGGAGCGUCUGAAACAUCUGCAAGAUGGAAAUCGCACGGAAGAGCUGGAUUUACAUGUUUUGGAGGAAAUGAAGGACUCCAGAACCGCGAUGGUGUCUAUCUGUAACGUCUUGAUGAACAUCACCGUGCUAGAGUCCAAGUUGGUGGAGGAAUCGCCGACGUUUGUCUCGCUGUUGAAGUUCAUCUACAACAAUCUGCCGGAAUUGAAACAGAUUCCGGAGAAUCUUGUACUGCACGGUCACUUGGCGGUUCUAGGUCUGUUGCUGAUGAAACAACAGGCGAAACGUAUUAAGAAGAAUGAUUUCUCGAUAUGUCGUUACAUUCAGGCUACCAUAAGAUUCUUGUGGGACGCGUAUAUCAUCGAUGAGAGCAACGAUCCUACCGAGUUGGUAGUCUCCAUGUCAUACAAGGAACACUGGAUGGAGUUGAUGGAACUCUGGUUUCUGGGUAUGCAGACGAUGGCUGGUGUGUUGCAAGUGAUACCUUGGCUGUCGCAGUUCACGGUAGAGACCGGCUGGGUAGAAGACAUUAUCGAAACGCUGAAGCGAGUGAGGAUCGGUGGUCUGGAGCCGAAUGUCAAGUCCGCCUUCGAAGAUUUGCUGUGCCACUUGGAAAAGGCGGAUGAUAGCGUCGCGCCAGUGCUGAAAAAAAGCGGCGCGUUAAUCGUCUGUCGGAAUCAUCGCAUGAUGGAGCUUGGAAAGCGUCUUUUCGGAGAUUAAAACUAAGAAUGUUAUUAUCAUAUAGCUUUUAUUGAUUUUUGUAUUGCGCGAAUAAUGUAAAAAAAAUUUUAUAUAAAUUUGGAAUUGAUUAAUCGAGACGGAUAUUUAAUUCAACUUUUGUACAAAAAAAUAGCUUUGUAAGUAGCUUUUCUAAUAUUUUGCUUUUACUUGAGUUUAUUAUUGUAUCUAUAUCUCGCAUAUGUGAUAUUCGAAAUACGUAUGCGUAGUCCAGUGUAAAUUUAGACAGCAUCACGUCUGGAAAUAGUUUCCUGGCAAGCAAGAAAGAAACGUUUCGUUUGACUUCGCGCAUAUACGAAGCAACGUGUCCGCGGGUGCCACUUCGAGUGUCCACUAAUCGGCUCGAGUAUUUCAAUGAAUCAAUGCAUUUUCUAGCUUGCUGAGGAAUUGACACGGAAUUAUGGCAUCCCGGAAGACGCGUCUGCCAAAAUAACAUCCGCAUAUUUGAAGCAAUUCAGAAAAUGUCCGGACAACGUGACUCUUACUCUGGAUGCUUGGCGCACCAUUCUGUGGAGCAAGG